AUGCCCUCACAUCGACACCCCCAGCCCAAGAUUAUCAUAGCAGGCGCCGGCAUCGGUGGCCUAGCAACGGCCCUAUCACUUCACGCCGCUGGUUUCACAGACAUCCACAUUUUCGAGUCCUCGUCUCAGCUCACAACUCUCGGCGUCGGAAUCAAUGUACAGCCCUCCGCUGUGCUUAUUCUUCGAAACCUCGGAUUACUUGAAGCUCUCCAAAAGACUGGAAUCAAAACUCAAGAGCUAAACUUCUACAAUCGCCAUGGACACCAGAUCCUCAGUGAGCCGAGAGGCAUCAAAGCAGGCUACGGGGUUCCGCAGCUUAGCAUUCACCGUGGUGAAAUUCAGAUGCUUCUUCUGAGCGCAGUCAAAGAACGACUAGGCGAAAGCUCAAUCAACCUCAACCACGCCCUGACAGGCUUCACCCAAGACUCAGAAAGCAUCACUGCCGAGUUUUCGCAGCGAAGAGACGGCACGCCGGCUGCACAGCCUACCGUGACCGGCGAUAUCUUGAUAGCUGCCGACGGAAUCAACUCAACUGCAAGAAAGAUCCUCUAUCCGAAUGAAGGACCGCCCCGAUUCUCUGGCCGUAUGCUCUGGCGUGGCUGUUUGGAACGCGACCCCUAUCUCACAGGGGCUUCGAUGGUGUGGGCUGGCCAUGCAGACCAAAAGUUCAUCGCGUAUCCUAUCAGUCAAAGAUCAGCGGACAAAGGCAAGAGUCUUGUGAACUGGAUCGCCGAGCUCAGGAUCAGAGACAAAGAUGACAAAGAUCUUACACCCCCUCAGACAGAUUGGACGAAAGCCGUCGAUAAAUCUGUGUUCGAGCGCCCGUUUCACGGCUGGCGUUGUGGUGGUCUCGACAUGAAGAACCUGAUUGACGAGACUGACAAGGUAUUCGAGUUCCCCAUGAGUGACCGUGAUCCGGUUGAAAAAUGGAGCUUUGGCCGUCUUACCCUCCUUGGUGAUGCUGCCCAUGCCAUGUACCCCAUCGGCUCUAAUGGCGCAUCCCAAGCUAUUAUCGAUGCGGAGAGUUUGGCUAAAAAGCUUACCGAGAGCAUGGGAGAUGUGGAGACCGCACUGAAGGCUUAUGAGUCGGAAAGGCUACCAGCUACAGCCAAGAUUAUAAUGGCGAAUAGGGCUAAUGGACCGGACCACGUGCUUCAAAUGUGUGAAGAGCGGGCCCCGAACGGCUUCGAGAAUGUGUAUGAUGUGGUACCAAAGGAAGAGUUGGAAGCCAUCGGCAAGGUUUACAAGCAGGUGGCUGGAUUUGAGAUGAAUAGUGUCAACAAAAAGGCCAAGGAAACGGAGAAGGUCAGCGAAGAACUAGGCUUGACCAGCCCAAAGGAUUGGAUAUAA